AUGAGCAGCCUGAGUACCCCUAGCCUCCUGGACCUGGCUGCGAAGAGCCUGCUGAGGAAUGAGGCCAUGGCCAUCGCUGCCCUGGAGCUGCUGCCCGUGGAGCUCUUCCCACCUAUGCUGAAGGCAGCUGUUACUGGGGAAUGCAGGGAGACGCUGCAGGCAAUGGUGCAGGCCUGGCCCUUGGCCCUCCUUCCUUUGGGGGCACUGAUGACUGAGCAGCAGUCCUACCAGGAUAUCCUGUGGGCAGCACUCAGAGGACUGGAGGAUCUACUUGCCAAGAAGGUUCGCCCCAGGAGAUGGAAACUGCAAAUGCUGGAUUUGCGGGCAGGUGCCCAUCAGGAAUUCUGGAUUGUGUGGGCUGGGAGCCCUGCCAGGGGCAGUGAGAACUCGGAGUCAGAGGUAGAGCCACCCAAGGCUAAGAGACAGAAAGUAGAGGUUGCAGGGAUGGUGGAGAGAGCCCCAGUGGAGGUGCUCAUGGACCUCUGCCUGAACUCGACUGCCCCGGAUGAGUUCCUGACUGCCCUCCUCAAGAAGGUCAGGCAGAGGCAUGGUCAGUUGCGCCUGUGCUGUAAGAAGCUGCAGGUCUUCUCGGUGCCGAUGCAGAACAUCAAGAAGGUACUGAAGACAGUGCAGCUCCACUCUGUCCAGAACCUGGAAAUGAACUGCACCUGGAAACUGUCCACCCUUGGGCGCUUUGCCCGCUUUCUAGGUCAGAUGGUGAACCUGCGCAGGUUCCUCCUGUGUCACCUGCAGGUCUUGCCAUCCCACCGUUCCCGGGCCAAGGAGGAACAGUACAUCUGUCAGUUUGCUGCCCCCUUCUCUGGCCUGUGCCACCUCCGGGAGCUACGACUGGACUCCAUAUCUUUCCUGGAGGGCCGCUUGCACCACCUGCUCAGGUGCCUGACCACCCACUUGGAGAUCCUGUCAAUAACCAACUGCCUGCUAGAGGAGUCGGACCUGAUAUACCUGUCCCAGUGCCACUACACCAGCCAGCUGAGGGAUUUGAGCCUGAGUGGCGUCAGCCUGACCACCAUGAACAUCGGGCCGCUUCGCAUCCUGCUGGAGCACACCUCGGCCACCCUCCGGGACCUGGACCUGGAUGAGUGUGGGAUCAUGGAUGCCCAGUUUAGCUCCAUCCUGCCUGCCCUGGGCCGUUGCGCCCGACUUGAAACCUUCAGCUUCUGUGGGAAUCCGAUCUCUAUUGCCGUCCUGGAGAGUCUGCUGCGCCACACUGCUGGGCUGGCGCACCUGAACCACAUGCUGUACGCUGCCCCACUGGAGAGCUAUGAGGAAGACCAUGGCACCCUGCACUUGGGCAGGCUAGCCCAGCUCCACACCCGGCUGACACGGAUCAUGCAGGAAGUGGGGCGGUCUGGCAUAGUCUGGUUCAGCGCCAACCUGUGCCCUCAGUGUGGCGACAGGACCUUCUAUGACCCAAAUCCCGUUCUGUGUCCUUGCUACACGCCUGCCUAG